AUGGAUCACUCAGGUCUAUGGAAAAGAGAUGCUAGCCAACGGUUAGGCAUUAACACUAGCAAUGGUGUAGGAGGCUUGAACACAGCAGAAGCCCUCAUUAGAGGAUAUGCUCCAGAACAUAAGGAGAGAUAUGAGCUUCUAGAAGAACUGUUGACUUAUGAUGACAUCUUUUUGGAUUUUUUUAAUGCUUUCCUGGCUCUGCCUGCUUUUCCUCUUAGACUGCAAUAUGACCGACUUACAGGAAGGCUGCAGGAGCUAGAUGGCUUCCUCUUGGAACCUCCCAGUCAUUUGGCAAACGAACCAAGUUCUUCGUGUUAUGGAGCAACCGAUGUAGAGAGAGAAAGGGCCCUAAGCUGGUUAGCUCAGGAGCGCUUUCUCCCAUUUCAAAGAACUGUCUAUUAUUUGGAAUACAAAUUAGCAAAGCUGUUAGUAUGUCCACUGGAUGAGAAUUACCCAGUGAAUCGUUAUGCCAUUCGUGGUUACAGUCGUCAGUCUGAUAGUACCGCCGUUUCCAGCAUCCCCAGUUUUCCAUCAACAAAUCAGGCAUCAUCUGGUGUGCGGAGGGAUGACUUGCUCAGAUGUCCUAGUCAAACACGUAGCACCCCAGCCUAUCUAGGCCGAUUUGCAAAAUCAUCUGGUCAAAUGUCCCUUGAUGUUUUCUUGGAGCUCUCUGAUAUUUUGAGCUUUGACCAAUCCCAAUUUGAAGAACAUCCAAGCAGACUGCAGCCCUCAAGACUCAGACUAGAUACCGGUAUAGAAAGGAGAAAUGGAAGUAGUUGGACAAAUGCUGGUGAAAAAGUGAUAUCUUCAGUUCAUCAGAGCAAAACUGAAUCUAAUCAAGAGGUCAUUGAGUUUCAUAACAAUAGUAAUUAUGAGAAGCCAUUCUCAGGACGCCGGCAGGUUUUGCAAUUUGAUCUGACAGAAACAAUUAUUCCAAAGGAAGAGCAUCAGGACAAGUGUUUUCCUUCUGGUUCUGGAAGUGCUGCUUUGCAGCAACUUAAAGAAGAUGUCCUAGGAACUAGAGCUGGUAUGGAGGACUUUAUGGAAUUUCUCCAUAACACAUUAGGAAGCCACCUGUUAAACUUCUGGAUUGAUUGUGAAGAUAUCAUGGAUUGUACCAGGCACUUGGAGGCCACAGUUUCUCCACAGGAAACACAGCUGUUCUUUUCCAGUGCCUUUCGGGAUAUUCAAGCCAAGUAUAGGCUGGCUGUCCCUCCUGCUUUUCAAGAACAGCUCGAGGAAAGUAUAGAGGAAGAGGAGACAGCUUUUGCUUCCUUGAGCAGGAAACAAUAUGAUGCCUUAAGACGAUUACGUUCUUACUGGGUUCCCCGAUUUCUAAUUCACUAUCAGAGAAUCAGGCAGUUAAGGUUUGAACCCAGUUCAGAGGUGCCUAUUGAAGAGGAACUUUUCUGGGGUGGCGGUUUCCCAUUUUCUUUGCCUCUGGCUACAGUGCUUCCUGCUACGGGUGACCAAAAGGACAUGGUGAACUACAUGAAAAAAAACAAAGACUGGAAAACGAUGAAAAGCAGAAAAGGAACUGGGUCAAAAAGACUGUUAGGCUCCCUUAAAGACUCCUUUGAAACACUGACAACCAUUCGAUUUCUUGAGGCACUGAUGUGCGAUCUGGGAGAUGGGGAUGGUUUCCUUCACUACUUGACUCGAUUUGAGGAUCCACAAAAGAUUAAUCAUCUGUUGCUGUGGAAGAAGCUAAAAUGUUACGAAAAUGCACAGAACCACACAAGCCCAUCUGAAGUACAGAAUAUAGCGUGGCAGAUUUUUCAUAUGUUUCUGGCCACUUACACAGAAUGCAAUGCAGAGUUUAGUUCCAGUAUGCUAGACUACAUCCAGCAUCUUGAGAGAAUACUUUCCACUGGCAGUGGAGACGUGACAUUUUCUGCUUUUCAACCCAUGAUUCAAUAUGUGCUGCCUAUUCUAGCUGGGGUGUGGCUCCAUUACGUUCGCCAUGAAGUCACAACUUUCCUUGAAUACUGUGUACCAAUAUCUCGUUCGGAUGUCCAAAAUUCUGAAAGCAAAGACCAUAGAAGCAAUCAGGACAGAAUUGGGAGGAUAAAGAAGCAGAAACCAAACACCUAUUAUAUUCAUGGCUCAAAAGAAAGAGGGUUACACAGGAAAGGGGGUAAAAGGAAGACGGUUUCCAAAUCUCCCACAGGGGUAGUUUCCAAAUCUCCCAGCAUAAGCAGUACAGACCAGGAAAGUAGGGGAAAAUCACCAGUUCUUCAGGACUCACCCAUCCCUCAAAAUGUGCCAGAUUUUCUUAGCAACCCAGUUAUCUUAAAUGUGUACAAAAAGGCAGCCUGUAAAAUGCAGAAUAUAGAACUUCAGAUGGUUUUAGGACUGCUACAGGAAAUGGAGGCCUGCUUGGAAGUCCCAGCAAAUGAAAAACAAGUGAAUUAUGCAGUCAAAUUUCUAGAUAUGUGGAACAAGUUGGGGGUUUUAAGAUCCAGUAUCCCCUUCCCCAAAGAACUGAAGAAAAGAAUAAAGGAAGAAGUGGCCCAGGGAGAAAUUACUGACGUCACCUGGAAUGAAAUCCAGCUCUUAUUACGUUCCCUGGUUGUUCCUACUUUUGAGCAGUUUUGGGAUGGGAUGAGUGAAGGGUUGAAGAAAUAUGGACUGGUGCCUUCUCAGAUUCCAGAAGAACGCUGGUGCAAGCUGGAACCAUUCCUAAAUGUGAUAGCUGGAAAAGUAGCUCUUAGGCAUAUAAGGAACAUGGAAGCACAAGAUGCAUCAGCAGCCACAGCAAAACCUACAAGGGAAGACAAAGACUCUUUUUGUCAGUCUCUAAAAGAGGCUGCAGAAGGCUGGCCCACCGUGGAGAUGCUCCAUUUCGUUAAACACCUCCAGGUAUAUGGCACACCUGUGCUGGAGAGUGGUUUGCAUUUUCUACUGGAAGUGCAGAAAUUUAAAAAUGCUCAUCAUGACUGGCCUGACAUGACUCUUCUGAAGAAGAAGGUUCUUGUGAUACAUGACUGUUUCCUUGCAUCUCAGAUUGAGCCUCGGCUACAGGUGGCUGUAGAUAAUAAGAGGUUGGGCAGAGCUAUCCGGGCAGCUGAGCAGGCCCUCCAGAAGGAGAUUCCACCUCCAAGUUUAUUUGACAGUCUGAAGGAUUCAGUCUCCAGCAUGCUAAUGCCAUAUUGGGCUGCCUUUCAAAAACACUGGCUCAAGAGAUCUGUGGCAAGUGCACAAAGAGUUCCAGUGCUGAGAAAUCAGCUGCUGCUGCAGAAGAGACAGGCCAGGCUCAAUGAAUCGCCAUGCUCUCUUCGGCUGCCACCACUCCAGCAGCCCAAAGACGGCAAUGGAAGCAAGUUGCAGGAUGGUUUUAUAUACUCUUUCUCAGUCAGUGAAGGCCUUACAGUACAGGUGUGUCUGUGGCAUUGUACUCUUUGCUCCUACAUAGAAUUAAAUAAUUUAGAAUCUGUGGUGGUGCUGGAGCUUUAAAAAGUUUGUUUAUUUAAAGUAUUUGUAUAGCCGUCCAUCUUAUAUCAAUUUCUGGCUGACAUAAGGUUAUGGAAUGUAUUAUCUUCUAAAGUUGUUGGAUUCCAACUCUCAUAAAAUACUAGGUCAGAGAUGAUGAAACUAGUAGUGUUAUCGCAUCUAAUGAACAGGGUUUUCUCAUUACUAAAGUGAUUUGAGCCAAGGUGGCACUGCAGGCUACUUCAGCUGACUGCUAGCUGCAGUUUGGCAGUUCAAACUUCACCGGCUCAAGGUUGACUCAGCCUUCCAUUCUUCCAAGGUCGGUAAAAUGAGGACCCAGAUUGUUGGGGGCAAUAUGCUGACUCUGUAAAAUCGCUUAGAGAAGGCUAUAAAGCACUAUGAAGCAGUAUGUAAGUCUAAGUGCUAUUGCUAUUUGAACAUUGCAUUUUGUCUAAUAUUUGGCAAGAGAUGGGCAGUGUUCAAAGUACUGCUUGUCUAAAAUAAAACUAUUAAGUGCAUCACUAGAACAAAUUCCACGGAAAUGGCUAGGUACUAUGGAAAAAGUACCAGCAAAUUGAAGAACAACCCAAAUUAACACAUGUUCCUCUACUGAUAAUUACAUUAAAUUUUUAUUUUACCUGUAGGCAGCUUAAGGCCUGUUGCAAAAUGUUUGUUAAUAGACCAAUUAUAUUGUACAUACCACUAUUAUUUAGUCAAGAAGUUAUUAUUAUUAGAUUUCAUGAAAGUCCUUAAAAAGUGUGAAAUAAUAUACUUUAAAAAUGAUAUAAAGGAUUUGUAAUGCUAAUAGUAAUUUCUUGAAAUUCUGGGCCAUGGUUUAAUUGAGAAAUCAGCAAAACACUUCUGACACACUGUUUAGCUGGAAUAUAAAUAGAGAAUGUGGUUAAACUAGCAUUUUGGCUUAUAAAUGUGCAUCUAAAGUGGUGCACGAGUCAUUUCGUUACAAGAUGGGCAGCAAAUAAAUUCAAUAAAUACAUAGUGACAUGAUAGACACAGCUUUUAAUGUGAAAAUUGUUUUCUUUUUGAAUAGUAUUAUAUUGAUGACACUGAUGGAAGAUUACACUAAUGCAAACAUAUUUUUUUUUGCUUCUUAGAAUCCAAACAAAGACAUUCUGAACAUUAGCUCUGCUGUUUUCAGAAGCAUGAACAAACCCAAUGGGUUUGAGUUUCCUUCACUUCCAAUGCACCAGUGCUGACUGAAGCAAGGAAGAAAGGUGCCUUCAUAUAGUUCCCAAGGCUCCACAUUGUAAAACAUUCUAUAUGUUUGCUAGUUAACCAUGUAUUGGGACAGUACUUGGUUGCAAUUAAGAACACGCAUACAUGUAUGUAUUUUCCUUCUCUGUUGUUGAUAGGGGUGGAUUUAACAGAAAUGUACCAUUUAGUUAAGACAACUCAAAAUCCUCUGAUUGCCCAAAUAUCAUCAGGAACACUUUUAGGAAGUUUGGAAUCUGAAAAUAAGAGGUGGUGCUUUUUCUAAGAAAGAUUCAUUAGCUCCCAUUAUGAAUUUCCAGCAACAGUCUUUUCUAAUAAAAAACAUUUUAUGGCUAAAUUCUGAAUCUAUGGGAAAGUCUCAGCUGAUACUUUCCAUCAAAUGAUAAGAGAGUAGUUCUGCAAUUGAGACUUUAAAGGGUCUCGUACUAUGAGACUUCAUAAAAGGUGAGCUCAAAUUUGCUAUUUCUGUUCAUCAAUUGGUCUGUUACAAGUGUUUUUCUGAAAGCCACAAGUUCCCCACCCUCUGUUCCCAAAAAAUUAUUGCAAGGUUAACAAAUGGUCUUGAUUUUGGAGCAAUGUAAAAAGGAUAAGGAUAGCAUAAAAAAUUGAGUUGAAAAAAAGUGGUAACUGUGACCUAUUUAAAAUUAAUCCAGGCAUGAUUAGCAAACCCUGGCAGAUGAUUGUAAACAAGUAGAUGAUAAAUCUGGAUAUAAGAAAUUUAGAGUGGUUUGCACCAGAAUUAUUAUUUGUGUGAAGUGCUUUAAACCAGGGGUCUCCAACCUUGGCAACUUUAAGACUUGUGCACUUCAACUCCCAGAAUACCUCAGCCAGCAAAAGCUCCCUUCAAAGUAAUUCUUCCUUGCAAAAUUUGUACAACCAGCCAGAGAAAGGCUAGAUAGCAUACUUGCCCGGAAAUAAUUUGCUCCAUUGUAUAAUCAGGAAAAUGGUUCCAGUGAGAUAGCAUACUUUUUGUUCUGUUGAAUAAAAAAACAUGAUCUU